AUGGAUCCAGCCAAAGCAAUCUACACCCUUUUCUCCCCACAUCCUCCACUCAAAUCUAGAGCGAUUUCAACCCUAGUACCGAAAUCUUCCUCUUUUUAUUAUAGGGAACGACGACCCACUCGAAAUUCUCAACCUCUUCAACAUUUCAUGGAUUCUUCCACAACACCUCAGAUCACUUCCUCACCAGUCCGUCUCCCGUCUACAUUUCAUUCUUCUUUUAGAAUAUCAUCAAUCCCUCUUGUAAUGUCUUCUUUAAAUAAUUGUUCAAAUGAGCAGUUCUCCAACUCGACCUUCGCCUUUACGGGUCCAGGACCUGUAGCCUUAGUUACACUCCCUGUACAACAUUCACAACCAGCCAUAAUACCCAGAACUUCCAUAAUGAAAGCACCACCAGUACCUCCUAGAGUGUCGCGCCCAGUUCCACUAAAGGUCCCGCCAGCUAUAGCGCCGAAACCAGUUAAACGGCAGCUACCAGUGCAACCUGGAAAUGCCUCCAAGUAUAAACAAGGAGGCUUGCCAACUGAACCGCCGCCACUUCCCAGUAGAGCUCCGGUUGGCGAUUUACCCAGGGCAUUAGCUGCACAUGGUAUGUCGCGUUUUUCUGCACCCUCCAGUACACUACGCGAUCAACCAGAACUCUCAAAGAAACCAACUAUUCCUCCUUUCGAAGCUCCCCCUGAAGAAUUCUUAAGCGACUUUGAUGAUUCGAUGGAGUUACCUUCAACACCCAACAUGGUCUUUGAUCCUGCAUUCGCGUCUAGUCCCCUGCAAAGAUUAAAAGUCAAUCACGACCCUUUCUUCAGAUCCGACCUUGUCAUCGGGUUGGACAACACCAACUUUACCAAGUUUAUCAACACCAGGGAUGUAGUAGCUGUCAUGUUCUACGACAGUAAACUUCCACAGAGUCGGGAAUUGGAAAAGGCAGUUUCCCAGGCCGCCUGCAGCACCAAGCGAGCCGGACACUCAUAUGCCGGGGUCGACUGUAGCGCCAACAUGAUACUCUGCACGCAACACAAAGCCACCGACCUGCCUAUGGUCAGAGUGUAUUCCAAGACGUACUGCCUGGGAGAGUUGAAGAACACAGUCAGCUCUGACAGCUUGAGACAGCGCGUGGAAAUGGCUCCGCCAGCAGAAGCGUUGCGCAUGGUGGAGUGCAGUCCUUGUUUUAAAGGCAAAUAA